AUGGUCUUCACCUUCAACUUUCUCAAUCCUCGGCUCCACGGUAGCGACAGAGAUAAAUCAAAACCUAGAGUCCUACCUAGACCAACGACACUACUCUGCAAGUCUGCAACUUCUCCAAAAUCCGACCGGCGACGGCAUCCUUCUGUCUAUUUUCCUGUCUGCAACUUCUCCAAAAUCCGACCGGCGACGGCAUCCUUCUGUCUAUUUUCCUUGUGCUUGACGGGACAAACAAUGGCGACCCAGCCAAAAGAAGAGGAUGUUUCACAAACGGCAGAUAGCCAGCAAGAAGCAACACAUAUGACUGUCGGGUGGGGAGGGAAAAUAGAAGAGCAGUAUAGGAAGAUCAAGGAACAUGCAGAAACAUACCCCUAUGUAUGGGGUUCCUAUAUCCUUGUAUACGGAGGGUUUGGUCUCUGGUUGACGUACAGGUGGAGAAAGCUCCGAAAAACUGAGGACAGAGUUCGAGGUCUUCAAGAGCGACUCCGCAAGCUUGUUGAAGCUGAACAGUUGACGAAUUCUGUUUCAGCAAAAGAGCAAUCUACGAACUCUUCUGUAACAAAGAACGGACCUCCGUCUGCCGAUAAGUAG